CGUGCAUUUUUUGGCGGGAAAAACAUUUCAGGAAAUGUUUGCAAUCGCUACGCAAAAGUUGGCGAUACCGUUCAUUUGUACAGUACAGUUUUUGGUACUGUUAUAAUUCGUAUUUGUGAACACAAGAUGGAAACGCGAAGUUUGAAGUGUAUAGUAAUAUUUUUAUUUAUCUUCAAUACAAUCUACAAAGUCAAUGGCGGAUGCACGCUAGAUCUGAACAAGGAUUUCGGUCUACCAUCAGCAGUGUACAUCCGUGAUGGGGAGUUCCUUACCCCGGAUGACGCAGGCACCAUAUCGUUGAGGAGAUCUGAGACUAUCCUGGUGGCGUGUCCGGGGAGAGGCCGACGUGUGGUUACCGCAAAUGUUACUACUGGUAUAGAUUCCGUGGAAGCGCAUUGCAUUGUUAAUUCAACAUUCCGUGUUGGGCGAUGGAUUGGACAGUUUACAGACAUUCGUUGCAAUAUGUUCCCCACUGCUACAGUGGAGGAGAUGAAUGGAGGAUGCUAUAAAGAUAAUUCCCUCAUCAGGGUUGGGUACACAGUCAAGAACAAAAUUUUUCCAUUAUAUGAAGCGUGCUUUGAUCGAGCCUUGCUUACAACGUUGUACGUAAAAUAUGAAUUGACGCCGAGGAAUCUUUACCAUCAAUCAGCUCCCAAACAUGGCUCCAGAAAGUUCUACGAUACUCAUUUGUUCAGUAAAGUGAACAUAAAUAAAGCAUAUAAGCAGCAGAACCAGCGGCUCGACGCACUGCUGGGACCAGGGAUGUAUAAGAAGUACGUUAGUGGCGCACAGUAUCUGUCACGUGGUCAUCUCGCAGCGCGAGCUGACUUCAUCAUGCGAGGACAGCAGCAGGCCUCCUACCAUUACGUGAACUGCGCGCCGCAGUGGCAGCGCGGGAACGCGGGCGACUGGACCGCUGUGGAAUCUGCGUUACGUCAACGUAUAAACACUUACGGCUCUCCUGUGACGGUAUACACUGGUACCAUGGGAGUGAUGUCGCUAGCAGACGACAAGGGGCACCCCCAAAACUUAUACCUGGAUGAUGACGAGAAUAAUAAUGGGGUGCUACCUGUACCGUUGUAUUUCUUUAAGUUGGUGUACGAUCCUAGAAAGAAAACUGCAGCGGCUUUCGUAUCAAUAAACUCGUCGUUCUACAACCGGACGGUUGUCGACCGACUUACAUUCUGCGACGAGUCGUGCGAGCGACACGACUGGCUGCGAUGGCGGCCGAGCGACGGCACGCACAGUUUCUGCUGCGAUUACGCUGCGUUAGCUCGCGCAGUGGAACACGUGCCCAAGUUAGACGUUAAGGGGACUUUUAUAUAA